CAAUUCCAAAGACUCAUCGUUUAUUUAUGAUAACGUUUGGUUUUGGAAUUACGGAAUAAUAAAUAUUUUCCGAUAAAAAUAAAAUGCAUGGCCUGCCUGCAUCACCAACUGGAUAAAAUAAUCACAUCACACCAUUCAUAGUUGGGGGAUAACUGCAACUCUGCAAGUGAAAUGGCAGAAACUGCAGUAUCAUCAGCCUUGUCGGAAGUGUUUCAGUUCCUAAAAGAAGAAACAAAGCUUCUGAGAGGUGUACACAGAGAUUUUUCAGACAUCAAAGAUGAACUAGAAAGCAUCCAAGUCUUCCUCAAAGAUGCAGAUAGAAGGGCAGCAGAUGAAGCGGACGCCAAUGAUGGAAUAAGAACAUGGGUGAAGCAAGUGAGAGAUGCAUCAUUUCGCAUUGAAGAUGUCAUUGAUGAAUACCUUCUUUUGAUCCAUAGGACCAAUUCUCCAGGAUGCAGAUCUUUGGUAUGCAAGAUUCCAAGAUUAAUGAAGACUUUGACUCCCCGUUAUGAAAUUGCAUCAGAGAUUCAGGACAUCAAGUUGUCAAUUCGUGGAAUCAAGGAAAGAAGCGAGAGGUAUAACUUCCAAAUUUCGCAUGAACAAGGAUCCUCGUGCCAAAGCAACGGAUGUGGAGAGUCAGACACAGGAGGAUGGCGUGAUCCUCGACUGUCUUCUCUUUUCAUUGAAGAAACAGAAAUCGUAGGAUUUGAAGGCCCGAGAGAAGAACUAUAUGGUUGGUUAUUGGAGGGUGCAGCCGAGCGCACAGUGAUAUCAGUGGUAGGAAUGGGGGGUCUAGGAAAAACCACUCUUGCCAAGCUAGUUUUUGACAGCCAAAAGGUAACAACACAGUUUGAUUGUCGAGCUUGCAUCGUAGUUUCUCAAUCAUACACUGUGAGAGGAUUACUGAUAAAAAUGAUGGAGCAAUUUUAUCAGGAAGCUGAAGACCCUGAUCUAGAGAUUUUACGCAAAAUGGAUGACAGGUUACUGAUUAUAGAGGUAAGGAAAUACCUAGAACAUAAGAGGUAUUUAAUAUUCUUUGAUGAUGUAUGGCAAGAAGAUUUUUCCGACCAGGUUGAAUUUGCCAUGCCCAAUAACAACAAAGGUAGUAGGAUCAUAAUCACCACAAGAAUGAUGCAAGUUGCAGAUUUUUUCAAGAAAUCAUUUCUAGUUCAUGUUCACAACUUGCAACUUUUGACUCCAAACAAAGCAUGGGAACUCUUCUGCAAGAAAGUAUUUAGGUCUGAGCUUGGUGGUCGUUGUCCACCGGAACUUGAGGUUGUGGCAAAAGAAAUUGUUCAAAAAUUCAAGCAAUUACCUUUGGCAAUCGUAGCCAUUGGUGGUCUACUUUCAACAAAAUCUAAAACCAUGAUCGAAUGGCAAAAGGUGAGUCAAAAUUUGAGCCUGGAGUUGGAACGUAAUGCCCAUUUAACGAGUCUAACAAAGAUUUUGUCGCUUAGUUAUGAUGGCCUCCCUCACUACCUGAAACCAUGCAUUUUGUAUUUUGGUUUAUACCCAGAGGACUAUGCUAUUAGUCAUGGGAGAAUAACUCGACAAUGGAUAGCUGAAGGGUUUGUUCAAAUAUCAGUUGGGAGAAGAACUCCAGAGCAAGUUGCAGAGGAGUACUUGUCUGAACUGAUUCAGAGAAGUCUGGUUCAAGUCUCGGAUGUUGACUUUGAAGGUAAAGUUGAUAAAUGUCAAGUCCAUGAUUUAUUGCGGGAAGUGAUCAUUACAAAAAUAAAGGAUUUAAGAUUUUGUCAUUGUGUGCAUGAUGAUGGUGAGUUACCCGUGAAUGGAAAAACUAGACGCCUAUCUAUAACCACUAGUGACAACGAUGUGUUGAAGAGCACUAACAUUUCACAUUUUCGUGCUAUUCAUGUUUUUGAUAAAGCUGGGUCGUUGGAGCAUUUCGUGGGCAAACUGGGUUCAAAGUCUCGGAUUUUGAAGGUACUUGACAUUCAAGGUACAUCAUUGAAUCAUGUACCUAAAAAUUUGGGGAGUCUUUUCCACUUAAGGUACUUAAACCUAAAGAAUACAAAAAUACAUGCUCUUCCUAAAUCUGUUGGUGAACUACAGAACUUAGAGACACUCGAUAUAAGAUACACACUUGUGCGUGAGAUACCAAGUCAGAUAAACAAGCUCACAAAGCUACGUCACCUUCUUGCAUUACAUCGUAACUAUGAAGAAAAUUAUUCUCUGUUGGGCUUUACAUCUGGUGUGAAGAUGGAAAAAGGUAUUAAAAACAUGGCUUCAUUGCAGAAACUUUAUUAUGUGGAUGUAAAACAUAGGGGAGUCGAUCUCAUUAACGAGAUGAAAAUGUUAAAGCAGUUAAGGAGGUUAGGUUUAAGGCAUGUAAGAAGAGAACAUGGGGAUGCCUUAAGUGCUGUUAUAGUAGAAAUGAAACACCUUGAAGAUCUUAAUAUCACUACCAUUGGUGAGGAUGAAACCAUUAACUUGAAUUUUGUCUCAUAUCCACACCAACUUCAGCGGCUUCAUUUGAAAGCCAGAUUAGAUACAUUGCCUGAUUGGAUUCCAAAACUUGAGUCUCUUGUGGAGAUCAAGCUGGCUUUAUCUAAGUUGAAAAAUGAUCCACUGCAAUCUCUGAAAAACUUGCCGAACCUGCUGAAGUUUGGUCUAUGGGACGAUGCCUACGAUGGUGAAAUUUUGCAUUUUCGAAUUGGAGGGUUUCUAAAAUUGAAGAGACUGAACCUCAGUCGCUUGAAUAGAGUAAAGUAUAUCUGUAUAGACGAAGGAACUUUGAUCUCUCUUGAAUAUCUUACCAUGAACAGAAUCCCCGAACUGAUGGAGGUACCCUACGGCAUCAAGUCCUUGAAUAAUCUCAAAGCUAUUAACUUCAGUGAAAUGGCAGAUGAAUUCUUUGAGAGUAUUGAUCAAAACAAUGGAAAUGACUAUUGGAGUAUCAAGCAUGCUCCUCUUGUAUCCUUUCAUCACACGAGUGACCCAAAAUUCAAUGAUGAUGAGAUCUGCACUAUUACUUCAUCUGAUCAUUGUUUUGCAAGCUGAGAAUGUUUUGCUGUCUUGCAAGCUUCAAAAUAUGAAGCAAUUUGGUUCUCCACGAUACAGCUCAAAGUAAAAUAUUUCCUCUCAUCCUGCAAUAAUCAGCAAAAAGUGGAUCCCAUUCACUGAGCGACUGUGGCUUCUUUUUUCUUUUUGUCAUUUGUGGUGUUGUAUAAUUUGGUUGGAGAAGCUUUGACUCAAAAUCUUGUAAUCGGGGGUAUUUCUGGACUCCAUUCAGACGUCUUUUUGAUAUUUCUGUUCUUUACUGUUUUUAAGAUUGGUGAGAACUUUACUUCAUCUCUUGUAAUAAUAAUCAAAACCAUUUCAUUUGAA